AUGCUGAUCAACUUUAAAGCCACGGCUCCGAUCCUCGUAUUACUCCUCGCAAGCUGUACGAAUGCAAUCUUGCAUUGCAAACCUUUAGAUGAUCCCGAUCUCUGCAUGUUGUCAUGGGAAACCAAUACAGGAGGUCCAGCAUCCAGUCAACUCGAAAAGGUUCCUGCUUACUCCAAGGCUACCAUCUACUCGCCAACCUGCGUUCCAUGGGGAAGCUCUUCCAACGAACCUCGUCAUUCGAAUGAAGUCAUCCCUUUAUGGGGAUCAAGCAGCGAAGAGCCGCUGAAAUUAAGCACUAAAUUUGUGACGACACCCGGAAACUGGGGAUCUUGGGAGAGUCCUGUGUGGGAGUAUGGUGGUGAGAGAUAUGGGUACAGCAGCUGUGCUUGUGUUGAGGCUGAGAAGUUUUUGGAGUGCUGGUGCCCUUUCCGGUGCAAAGCAUCUUAG